UCGUCUCUCUUCAAGCACGAAGCGGACACAGCAAACGCGAUGGCCAACAUCAGUUCCUGCAGCUCUACUCCUCUCCUCGUACUCCUCAUGGCUUGUCUCCUCGCGACUGCCGCCACCACCUCACGGGCACAGGACCCUUCGCGGCUGAGCUUGAGCUACUACUCGAAGACGUGCCCGACCGCGGAGGAGAUCGUCCGGGCGGAGAUGGCGUGCGCGGUGAAAGCCAACCCCCGCAACGCCGCCUUCAUCAUCCGCCUCCAUUUCCACGACUGCUUCGUGCAGGGUUGCGACGGAUCGGUUCUGCUGGACGACACGGUCACCCUGAUCGGAGAGAAGCACGCGGACCAGAACGUGAACUCGCUGCAGGGCUUCGAGCUGGUGGACAGGAUCAAGCAGAAGCUGGAGGCGGAGUGCCCCGGAGUCGUCUCCUGCGCCGAUCUCCUCGCCAUAGCAGCUCGUGAUGCCACCAUUCUGGUCGGAGGGCCAUACUGGGAUGUGCCGGUGGGAAGGUUGGAUUCCAAGACUGCAAGCUUGGAUCAAGCCAACUCGGACAUCCCCACUCCGCAGCAGGGACUCGCCACCCUCAUCACCAAGUUCUUGGCCAAAGGCCUCUCCGUCACCGACAUGGUCGCCCUCGUAGGUUCCCACACCAUCGGCAUGUCGAGGUGCACCAACUUCCGAGACAGGAUCUACGGGGACUUCGAACUCACGUCGAAGUACGACGCGUCGGCGCAGGUGUACCUCAGCAAGCUCAGAGAGACGUGCCCCGUGAACGGAGAAGACGACAGGGUCUCCCCGAUGGACUACGUCUCGCCCACCCUCUUCGACAACGCCUUCUUCGAAAGCCUAAUCAAAGGGACCGGCCUUCUUGACUCCGACCAGGAGAUGUACUCGAGCCUGUUAGGGUUCGAGACCGCCCACAUCGUGGAGAAGUACUGGGCGGACCCCAUCGCCUUCUUCAAGGAUUUCUCUGACUCCAUGGUCAAGAUGGGGAACAUCACCAAUCCUGCAGGUGGAGAAGUGAGGAAGAGCUGCAGGUUUGUGAACACUUGAGCUUGUUCUUGCGUUCGGCUGGUCUAUAUGUCAACAUCAAAUAUUUAGGAAGUCAUGUAAUAAUUCUAUGAGACUGCCCAAACAUUUGAGACAGCUGUUGUUAUCAUUAAUGAU